GCCACUGCCCGACAUAGCAUUGACAGCUACGAUGAUUCAAGCAAACGAAGAAAUACCCUUUGACGAUAUUCUCAUCGAGUACGGUGAAUUUGGGCGUUACCAAAAAUGGAUCUACAGUCUUUUGUGUCUUUUCAUAUUGAUAACACCAGCGCAGUCUCUCAUUAUGGGAUUCCUGUCCGAUGAUGUAGACCACUGGUGCAAGAUUGCCGAAUGGGACUCUGUGGACUGUGGACAUUUCGGGUUCAAUACUUCACGGCAAUGUGAUCUUGGGAAAAGAGAUGUCGGCAUUCCUUGGAACUAUUCAGACAACGCUCAAACGGUGAAGGUUUACUCGUCUUGUAUCCGUUACAACACCCAUGGCGUCGAGUUCAGCCCAGACCUUGAUCUUGGUGGAUAUCCAGUGAUGCCUUGUGAUGCAGGUUGGAAGUACGGUGAAGUAGAAGGAGGAGGAACAACUCUGAUUAAAGAUGUAAGUAGGAAGAAAAUAGUAGACGAAGGAGGCGGUCUGAAGCAAGAUCUCAUUGAGCUUUUCCGUCAUCCCAAAUUACGAUGCUAUACGAUCAAUCUGGUGUGGCAAAUGACUGCAGUCUCAAUGGUAUACUAUGGAAUCUCUCUCGGGACGGACUCCUUAGGGGUGAAUAACUACGUGGCGUUUGCCGUCUCCGGUGCGGUCGAGAUCCCUGCCGGAUUUUUCGCGGUUUUUGCCAUAGAAUACUGGUCAAGGGGGCCGACGUACAUGACGUUGCAGCUAUUGUGUGGCGCUGUGCUCCUCGCUUCGGGAUUCCUACCCCAGGGCAUUGGAAAAACUGUGCUUGCUAUGGUGGGGAAGUUUGCCAUCGCAGCCGCAUUCAACAUCAUCGAUCUACGUGGCUGUGAAAUAUUGCCAACUGUUGUCAGGAAUUCUGGUCUGGGGUUCAUCUGGGCCUGUUCUAGCUUUGCCAACAUCCUGGUCCCGCAGUUCCUGGUCUUUCGGAGAUGGUGGACCCCUUUACCGGAAGUGAUCUUUGGUUCCGUCGCGCUAUCAGCCGGAGCCAUCUCUUAUCUUCUCCCCGAGACAAAGGGCAAGAAGAUCCCAGAGACACUGGACGACGGGGAGAACAUCGGGUGGUGAUCCCAAUCCA